AUUUCGUUUCUGUGUUGUUUUUUUUUUUUUUGGCUGCUCACAGCUGAACUGAAGCUCGAUGCGGACAGAACCACAGCGCUCCUAACUCACAGGACUCCUCUGCUCCUCUUCGUUCUGCUCGAGGAGCUCCGCGGCGGAGACUCCCUGUCAGGUUGAUCUUGUGAACAAACACACGGCGGCGCUGGCGGCCAUGGAGCAGAAGCCGUGCAUUGAGAACCACGACCUUGAGGCCGCCGAGGCACUCGUCAGCAUGAGCUUCUGGUGUCAAAGGCCUCCAAAGCCCCGCCCUCUCACUCCCACCUCAGACUCCUGCGACUCCAUCCAGCUCCAGCCAGAGGGAGGGGACGUUCCCAAAGAUCUGAUCGCUCUGUCCUCACUGUGUAUGACUCCGCCUCACAGUCCGAGCUUUGCCGAAGCAUCCACUAUAACUGUCCUCACCACAACCUCCGCCCUGAGCCCCGCUCCCAGACAGCUCCUGAUCUGCCCCACCUGCCCCCCACAGCCCUGCUCUUCUCCCAGCUCCACAGAGAUCUCCACACCUCCACCUCACGCCGUGUCAUCCUGGAUGGCUCCAACCAGUAAGGCAAUGGCCACUAGCGUCAUCCGCCACACUGCCGACAGCCUCGGCAUUCCUUCAUCACCACCCACUACCCUGCAGAUGGAAACAUCCACUCCACCUCAACUGCAAACCCCAGAGUUGCCUUCCAUGGAGAAGAAUGCACCUCCUCCAUCUUCCCCACUACUUUCUGCUUCACCGUCUUCCUCUGUGGUUCCCUCUUCUCCAGUUCUCUGUCAGGUCUUCCCAGUCAGCAGCCAGACAGGAAUGAUUUCAGCCUUUGUCCAGGGUCCAGUUCAGGUGCAGACUCAGGGUGGACCAAAGCCCAUCCUACCCCAGUCACCACCUCCUACCUUCGCCCAACCCUUGCUGGUUGGCUCCACCGUAGCGCAGGGGGCUGUUAUGUUUGUGGUGCCCCAGGGACCCAUGUCGCAGACAGCACAUGGUCCUCAGGCUGUGAUGACCCUGGGCAACACCAAGCUCCUCCCCCUGGCCCCUGCCCCUGUUUAUAUGCCAUCAGGAUCAAGCAACGGCGCCUCACAGACAGACUUCUCCCGCAGGCGGAACUAUGUUUGCACCUUCCCCGGCUGCAAGAAGACCUACUUCAAGAGUUCGCACUUGAAGGCUCACCUGCGCACUCACACAGGGGAGAAGCCGUUCAGCUGUCACUGGGAUGGCUGCGACAAGAGGUUCGCCCGCUCCGAUGAGCUUUCCCGCCACCGCCGAACACACACAGGUGAGAAAAAGUUUGUCUGCACCGUGUGUGAGCGCCGCUUCAUGCGCAGCGAUCACCUGACUAAACAUGCUCGCAGGCACUUGACCACCAAAAGGGCGACUUCAUGGCCCACAGAAACCAGACAACUUGUGAAAGGAGCUGCACCCAAGGGCCAAAACAAAGGCCCCACACUUCCUCUUGGCAUGCUAGUCCCGACCGCCAACUGAAAGACUUGUGGAGGCCGUAGGGCCAACUCAGGACUCCAAGGGUUAGGAUCAGCUCCAUCAGGAGUGUCUUCAGGGCCCGGCUUUGUUUACAAGACAUCAGAACAGGGUCCGAAUAUCCUGGUGAACUCAGAUCAAGAACUUCCUGUAAAGAUGUCCGUCCUCAUUGUGAUUGAAGAAACACUACAAUCCCUUAAUUAGACUGAAGUACUGCUUCACAUACACACCACAGUCACUCGAGAUGUUUUAAAAUAUUUGUAUAAGAUCCGAGUGCUGCCAUAACCCGGACUCACAGCUUUUCCGCUCUACUCAGGACAUUUUACUACCAGAACCACAAAACUUGCUGCAAAAGGAAGGAGAAGAAGACAAAGGCUGCUACUCAUCCACAAACAGAAACCUACAAAAACCUGACUUUGCACUGGAUUUUUAAAAAUAAAAAUCUUACUUGUUUUUAUAUUCUCUCUAUGUAUGAUGUUUACUUCAUGUGUAAAUGUCACAUUUAGCAAAAUGUAUGCACACGGUUUAUUGUUUGCCAAAGCUUCUGUAUCGUGCUUCUGUUACUAGCCGACUUCUGUUUGUUUGGCUGUAAAUAUUGUAAAUAUACUGAUAUCUAUAUAAAUGUUACAUGUAUUCCAGUCUCCAUUUAUUGACGAUAGAACUUAUUAAUAUUUUUAAAAUGUCAGUGGACAGUAUUCAUCACUGUGAUACUACCUAUAUUUACUUUAUUCAUUAUUAUUAUUAUUAUUAUUAUUAUUAUUAUUUAACAUUUGUUGAGGAAAAGUGCUGUUUUUAAUAUCUUGAUUUGGCCCAUAGUGUAGCCAGUAAGAAUACCUCAUGUUAUUAAAAUGUUAUUCUCAACAAUUUAUAUCAGAGUAAUCCCAUUUCCAUACAUUUGUUUGUUGACAACAGUGAACAACAUAGCUUUUAUAAUAAAACUUACAGUGACAUUUUG